AUGCUUGAAUGCCAGUUCACCUGCGAUCUGUGUAGCGGAAAGAACUGCGGAAUUCUUCCGGAAGCUCUUCGAACGAAUUGCGAACGUUGUACAGAAAAACAGAAGACAGUAACACUUCGCGCGGUGAGACGUUUGAAGAAAGAGUACCCCAAAGUAUGGGCUCAACUGCAAAAAGAAUGGGAUCCUGAAGACAUCUACGUGAAACGGUUCGAAGCAACCUUUGGAAAUAGGGACUCGGGAACCAGACAAUCAACCACAACUCCCGUAGUUCUAAUACUGAACAGAUUCGGAAACGAUGAGGAAAAUACCAUAGCUUCAGCUUCUAGCUCGCUUGAUCCAAAUACAACUAACAAGCCAUCAUCUACCACCAGCUUCAUUUCAUCCACCAAUCGUCCCAUCAGUAGUAGCACAAUUGCUUCGACCACAACCACCAGCAAACCCACUUCCACAAAAGCAACACCUACGACUAGUACUACCACGCAAAAACAUUUUAUCAGCUCUACUGCAACACCCAAGCCAAAUCCUAGUAAUGCUAAAGUACCAACUGCCAAAACUGUAAAUCUCGUCAACAGAAUUCCUACCACAAGGUUAAGUCCAGUACCAAAUCAUGGUAUGAAUAUACCAAUUAGGAUAAACAUUAGACCUAUUGCUAAUAUAGGUCAAGGAAUUGAGGCAACGGUAAGUCUAGGGAAUGACAUCAUACAACAAUUUGGUAAAGGUCUUAUAGGGAUAGGAAAUAAGCUUAUCGAAACCGGUGCAGAUAUAGCGGAAGUUGUUGUUAAUAACUUCUCCAGACCGUUGGUUUAGACGCACUGAUUCUGCAAUACUAUCUACUUAACAAAAUAUAUUUCAAGGAAUAAUCACAUAAAUUCAUAUUAAUACAUACAUUGAUUGUACCGUGCUUUUCAAAAGACCACCCCCCGAAUAGGCUACUUGACUCAUAUCUAAUUGCAUAGUAUAAAUUAGGCUAUAUAUCGUUUUAAAUUUUUAAUACGAUGAAAACACUAUCGGCCAUGAUGUGAUGUCAUACAAAUUGUAAGCAAAUAAACUUCAUCCGUAUGUCACCCGUAGACUAACGUUGCCUAAUCAACGUAAAAAGUUAUUGUUUUCUCGUUUUAUUGAAAAAAUAAUUUUGGUCGUUGGAUUCUUAAAAGCAGAAAGCGGAAAAUUGACACAUUCAUGGUUGGUAAUAUUUUUGCCCCAACUCAGACUUCUGCUCUAUCGAGGUGAGCAAUACUUAAUACUGAGUAUGUUUAUGUCGCUGGGUACUCUAAUCCACAGCUUUCCUGGGGUCCUUAUCGAUGACUUUUUACAUUCCUGAUUGAUGCAGUAACGAUAAUUACUAUAAUUUUCAUGUAAGCUAAUAGAAGACAGAUUUAUAUGUUUAAAAGUUUGAGAGGUUAUACUGCUGUCAGCUGCUGUUUAGAAAUAAACGUAAUAGAGCACAUUAAUAUGGGCCAAACAUGACGGACAGCGUUUUCACCUGACUAAGAUAUUUUUAAAUUAAAGUUGUAAAAUCUUUAAGGCCUGAAAAAAUAUGUUAUUAAUUUUUUUUUUGGUUUAUCACAACAAAUAUUAACUAUUUAAGACCUAUUUAUGCAAAGUGUCAACUCGCCUAUUGAACUGAUCAAUUUAGCAGGUCCUAAAGUAGUACGAUGGUUGUGUUAAAAAAGAAAAUGGCAAAAGCUGUCAUUUAAAAUGUAUGCUCUGGGGUUGAUAAAGAAGCUUAAAGAUAAUGUCACAAGUGUAACUUUCGCAAAAAAAUCGUCACUCCCAACUUCAGCUUGCUGAUCUAUUCAAAAAACAGGUGGGACGAUCUGUAAGUCAAUGUAUGUAUGAAUAUUACAUUCUUUACAUGAUGAUGCAUAAUCAGCAUUUAUCUUGUCGCUUCGUUGUUUUAUCUCUAAACAUAUUCCGAUUCAAUAAGUGUUUAUAACAAACGAAAAUGUACCUGGAUAAUAUAAUUUUCUUUGGUUCUAAUGGGUUAAUUUUAGAUUAUGAAACGAAUAUUUUUAUAUAUCUAGCAAGAUUUUCUCAUUUUACUCCAAUGAUACCUUACGUAUCCGCAUUCAUCCAGUUCCCAAUAAAAUAUAUAAGAAUUAGAAAUGAAUAAAACUGUUAUUUGAAGCUUUGACAGAGGGGCAAACAUGAUGAAGCUACGUUUCGCAUGGUGUACAGAGUAUGAUAUUGAUACUGAAUCAUUUGCACGCACUAACUGUGCUAAUGCUACGCAGAUUAUCUGUGAGACCGGCCCGUAGGACCUUUACCCUUGGUAAAAAAAGUAUUGUAAGUCAAUAGGUCUGCCAGGUCUGGUUGCUCGGAUACUAGACAAAGUCAGAGAGAAAAAAGGAAAGAAGAAAGAAAGGAAAGAAGGAGGAAGAGCAAAGAGGAAGAAGUGUGUCAAUUUGAGGGUUGCACUGGCAUUGUUAACUAAUAUUCGGAAACUUUAAAUUGAUCAUAAAGUUGCUACGCAGUUUUACGAUUCAUGGAACUGUUUUUUAUUUAUCCAGUACGUACUACAGAAUAAAGCAGACAAACGUGGCAAUAUUUCCUAAGUAGUAAGUACGUUCAAAACCAGAAAAAUAUUUUUUAUAACCAAUCAGUGUUGUAUAUUUCUACGUCACUUCUGAAUCUGAAGGAUAAAACGCUUCAUUAAAUGUAGAUAUGUAUUCAAGGUAUACAUAUUAUAAGUACCACAAUUUUAACUGUCUCCUGGAAAAUUCAAAUUCUGGAACUUACGAGGUUUUUGCUGUGUCCGAUUCAAUUGUUGAUUUUAAAAAGUCAGUGAACUAUGAAAUAAUAAAAUCUUCGUUUUUCUUCAGCAUGGGUUAACAUUUUCCAAUUUACACGCCACUGGUGUCACCUCAAGCACUGAAUUUUUGUAUUUAUUGGCCAUGCUGUUAGA